AUGUUUAUCCAGCGUUACAUUCUUCCACUGCCCAACAACCCAGCAGAUGAUAUCACGCUUGAGUCUGAUCCUCUGAAACGAAAUGUCCGGAUAGCCGUUCUUGACACGGGCUUUUGCGUUGACGAUGGGGACGAACUAGUCAAAGGCGGGGAAGAAAGAGUAAUCCGGAAGCGAAACUUUUUCAGUGCCGAUGAACACGCUCAUAUCGACAAUGAUGGUCACGGAACACACGUAGUCGGGUUAUUGCUCCGAUUUGCGCCUCGCGCGAAGAUUAUUGUCGCCAAGAUCUCCAAUUCCAAACACGAGGUUGCGGGAAACCACCAGAUCGUCGAGGCGCUGACGUGGGUCAGCUCUGAUGAGUGCAGGGCUGAUAUCAUCGUCCUUUCCUUUGGGCUCGGCCAAAACCCAAAUAUCAAGUCAUCUAUCAAGGGACUCGUCGAGGCAGGGAAAAUAAUAUUCGCUGCUGCUUCAAAUGAUAGAGGUAAUGAGCCCAGGGCUUUUCCAGCUAGUCAAGAUGGUGUUUUCGGUAUUCAUGUCUCGGAUGGGAAGGGCAACAGAGUUGGCAUGACUCCGGCCCCUGUGCGCGGUGAUAAUUUCUCCACGCUGGGCAAUGCCAUUGAUUCAUGGUGGGAUGGAGAAGACGUCUACAUCAGUGGAUCGUCUUUUGCCACGCCUGUCGCUGCAGCUAUUGCAGCGAACGCCUUGGAGUUUAUCAGACAUAACUUUGCCAGCGACAGGGAUUGCGCAAAGUACUUCUACACUCCUCUCGGGAUGAGAGAAUUGUUUAGAUGUCUCUCUGACCGCAUAGAUGGCUAUGACUACGUCAAACCAUGGAAGAAGCAUCUGUGGGAUAACGAGACGCAGCCUGAGGAUACCUGCUCUGCUUUAAGGGACAUUAAGACGUACGGGGCGCAACUGUGGAUUGAACUGUGGAUUGAGAAGACAUCUGAAGCCUCGUUUCAGGGAUUCGAAAAACCACGUCGCUACUCAGAAUAUGGAGGAGCAUAG